AUGGUCAAAGAUACACCAGCCCGGCUGGUAUAUAACUUUGAUGAAUAUGGCUUCCAGCCUGGCAAAGGAAAAUCAAGGAAAGUGAUUAGUUCAAAAGGUACUCCUAAUUUUGCUGAAUCUGAGAAGGGUAAGAAUAUUACAGCUAUUAAAUACAUAGCUGCAGAUAGCUGGGUAAUAGACCUAUUCUUUAUCUUUAAAGGCGACGGCAUCUUCAUGGAAUCUUGGUUUGCUAAUAAGGAGGCUGUUGCAGAGGAGAAGGGGUUACAAAGACAGUGGAAGAAGGUGCAUGAUAAGAAACCACCACCAGCAUCUAUACAGGAGAAUAAGGUAUCAAAUGAAUUGUUAAAGGCAGCAGAGGAGAAUAGUGAGGUUUUUUUCUUAGAUAGCCAGGCAAUACCUUCAAAUAUAGAAAAUUGGCAAUUACGCUGUGGUUGGAAAUUACGGUGUGGCUCACCCACAGCGGGAAGCGGUGUGGGUGGGCUGGAAGUCACGGAUACUAGUCCACCACCUCAUUCAAGACUUUGUGCCUGCUAA